AUGAGUAGCAUCGAAGACGCAAAGCUUCUUAAGCAAUUGAAGAAGCAAGAACUUAAAAAGCUGAACAGAAUGAAGCGAAUCCAGAACGGGACUGCAACUACACAUGACAGAAGGUUGUAUAAAAAAGAACGUGACGCCAUGAAGCGCAGACUUGCAGAGCAAGAAGCAGAGAACGUUGCCAAGAGAAGUAGAAGUAGAAGCAAUGGCAGUGGAUCUGCAGAUGAAAUGUACGCACGACUUGAAGAGGCACGACAACAAAUGGAUGAAGAUGCUGAUGAGUUUGGUAUGUGGGUGGACGACGACACUCAGGAUCAUCCAGCUCCAGUUGAACGUGUAGAACGAGUUCACAAUCGUAACUUCAACCCGAAGAAGCAAAGAAAGCAGUUCUGGGCGGAAGGCAGUGAAGCAUUGCUCACUGCAUUCAUCGAGUCUUUCAAGAGGUGUGGCGAGCCCGACUUUAGACUCGAGAAGCCCUUGGAAGUGGAGAAGCCUGCUAGUUGCAACUGCUCAAUCAGACGCACCUCUGACUUGACUGGAUUCAUGUUUGGUGGUAAUUAA